AUGGGCGUCAAAAUCCUGGUCUCCGGCCCCGUGCGCGGCGCGCACGGUGCGCUCUUCGCCGCGGCGUCGAAGGCCCAGUCGAAGAUCGGCCCCGUCGCGGCCCUCUUCUGCGUCGGCGACUUCUUCGGCGAGCGCGUCGACGAGGCGGCGGUCAACGCCCUGCCCGACGCGCCCAUCCCCACCUACUUCAUCACGGGCGGCGACGUCGUCGACAACGACCUCGCGGACCGCCUCGCGGCGAAGAACGUGCGCUGGCUCGGGCGGAGCGGCUGCGAGGACGUCGCGGGCCUGCGCGUGGGCUUCCUCGGCGGCGCGCUCGGCGGCGACUUCGAGGACGACGCGCCGGCGGACGGCAGCGACUCGCCGCACUACCGGCGCGAGGACCUGGAGACGCUCGCCAUCGCGAGCGGCGCGUACCGCGCCGACGGCGGCAUGGACGUGCUCCUCACGUCCGACACGGCCGAGGGCGCGAGCGCGUGCCUCGGGGACGGCGACGAGCGCAAAGACGCCGUCGACGCGGGCGCGUCGGCGCCGCUGGGCGCCGCGCUCGCGGAGCUCAAGUGCUCGUACCACUUCGCGGCGUCCCAGGGCGACGGCUGGAGCCUGGAGCCGUACCGCUGCGGCGCGGGCGGCUUCGCGCGACUCGCGCGGCUCCACGCGCUGCCGCGGCGCGGCCUCGCCAAGUCGCUGCGCGCCUUCGACGUGGCGCCCUUCGUCGCGGCGCACUUCGACCUGGACACGGCCGACGGCGCGCGCGACGCCGCGCUUCACACCGCGGAGCUCCGGGCGGCGACGGCGAACCCCUACGCGGUCUUCGCGGCGCGCAAGGUCGCGGGCCACCGGCCGCCGCCGGGGCUCCUGAAGCGCAAGCCCAUGGCCGCCGCCGCGCUCGCGGCGGAGAAGGCCGAGGACGCGCCGGCCCCGGCGGCCGCGGCCGCGGCCGCGGACCCGCCGCCGCGGGACGAGCCGAAAGAGUUCGCGUCCUUCCCGACGGGCUUCAAGUCGCGCGGCGCCAAGCUCAAGACGGAGACCAAGAUCGUCGAGGGCCCCGCGCGGCCCGUCUACGGCGCGCCGAACCGGCCCGAGGAGCCCGCGCCCUGGCAGCCCGCGGAGAAGAAGGAGAAGCGCCAGUCCAUCUACGCGCCGGGCUCGAGCCUCGCGAACCCGUCGAAGAAGAAGCGGAAGCGCAUGGGCGCGCCGCACGGGCCCCAGUUCUAA